AUGAGGUCAACAACAUUAAUCGCCCUAGCGGCCUCGUUGCUAUCGACGGAGGGACUCGUUUUGAGGAAGAAUGAAUUAGAUGCGCCCAAGGUGGUUGGCCUAGAUUUGCACAGAACGACGAUACCCUACAACCGCAACAAGAAGGAUAUGCUCAGAAAGCGAGGGACGGUGCAAGCCACAUUGGACAACUUGGAAACACUCUACUUUGUUAAUGGUUCCCUCGGAACACCCGCGCAACCGAUGAGAUUUCACCUAGACACUGGCAGCAGCGACCUCUGGGUCAACUCCGCCAGCUCCAACCUAUGCAAGGGACAAAACGCACCAUGCGCAGUAUCCGGCACCUACAGCGCCAACUCUUCCUCGACAUACAACUACGUGGGCAGCUGGUUUAACAUCUCAUACGUCGACGGAUCCGGCGCCUCGGGCGACUACGCGACCGACACCUUCUCCAUCGGCAAGUCAACUCUUACCGACUUCCAGUUCGGUAUCGGCUACACGAGCUCUUCCGCGCAGGGAAUCUUGGGUGUGGGCUACAGGGUCAACGAAGUGCAAGUCGGACGCGCUGGUCUUCAGCCCUACGACAACCUACCUGCCAAGAUGGUGGCACAGGGGCUCAUCAAAUCCAAUGCUUACAGCUUGUACUUGAACGAUCUCAGCGCCAGCACGGGCAGCAUUCUUUUCGGAGGCGUCGACACGGAUCACUACGUGGGCGAGCUCAAGACGAUUCCCGUUCAGAAGCAGUCCAAUGUCUUUUCCGAGUUUCUCAUCACCCUCACGAAAGUGACGCUGGGCUCCAAGACGCUAAGCGAGAAUAUGGCGCUUGCCGUCCUCCUCGACUCUGGAUCUUCGCUGACAUACCUCCCCGAUGACCUGGUAACGACCAUUUUCUCCAUGGUGGGCGCUGUCUACCAGCAAGACGAGGGUGUCGCUUUCAUCCCGUGCUCUGCUGCUAAUUCCGGCAACAUGACCUUUACCUUCUCGGACCCCGUUAUCACGGUACCCAUGGACGAGCUGGUCAUGGAUUUGGUUCCCAUCACCGGCAAGCGCAUCUCCUUCUCUAACGGCGUUGAGGCCUGCCUAUUUGGCAUUGCCCCCGCCGGCGACGGCACAAACGUUCUGGGCGACACCUUCUUGAGAUCCGCCUACGUCGUCUACGACCUGGACAACAACGAGAUCUCGCUUGCCCAGACAAAGUACAACGCCACGAGCUCGAACGUGUUAGAGAUCGGCAAGGGCAGCGGCUCGGUUCCGUCCGCCGUUGCCGUCGCCAACCCCGUUGCUGCUACUGCCGGAAUUGCCCGUGGCGGCGGCAGUGCCAGCGCGGCGCCCUCACUAGGCCCCAUGGCCGCAUCACUCUUCGCAGCAGGCGCUGCAUUUAUCACUGGUUCCAGCCUACUGUUUUGA